CAAACACGGAUCCGUAGUAGUGACAGCAAAAUAACUACAUUUUCCCCACCUAUCCCUUUUCUCCCCAAAAUGUCUAAACUACAACAGAUCAAUGUGUUUCUCAACGAAAAAUUAAAAGCAGUUCCUUUGGAGAUAUCCGUGGUAGUUAAAAAAACGAUCGCAGAGUACCAGGAAGAAAUCUACCGUUUGAAACAGGCUAAUGCACGUCUACGAAGACUGCUGGAUUUGGUUUUCAAACCAGAGAUUAAGUUGCAUAGAUUUGCAGACCUCCAGCAGCUCACUCUCGCUGAAGAGGAGGUUAACCCUGAGCAACAGCACUAUGAGCAGGAAUGGAGCGCCAAUUUGGGGCCGGUCGAGUCUGAUGCCGAAGAGUCUAUAUGGAACUCUAUCAACAUCAUAACUGUAGAGAACCAAACAGAAUUUGAUGGUGAGAGCUACAGAGAGUCUGACUCAACCAGUGAAUAUCAGCCCCCCUCUGAAGUAAAUCCAAACAGUGACAACAGUGAAAGUGAUCAUGGAAAAGAGGAUGAAGGGGAGAAUAGAAUACCACUGUCACGGUUAAAGCCUCUUAAAUCAAAGAGAGGAAGAGGACGGCCAAGGAAAGAAGCCAGGGAGUUGCCUGAUCAGAAAUGUGACUUGUGCGGAAAAUGCUUUGCGACAGCAGGUGGUCUGAGAAGGCAUCAACAAAAUUGGCACAGUGAAGAGAGCCCAAAAGGACAGCCAAGGAAAGAAACCAGUGAGUUGCCUGACCUGAAAUGUGAUGUGUGUGGAAAAUGCUUGGCGACAGCACGUAGUCUGAAAAGACAUAGACAAAAUCGCCAUCUUGAAGAGAGACCAAGAGGACGGCCAAGGAAAGAAACCAGUGAGUUGCCUGAUCUAAAAUGUGACGUUUGCGGAAAAUGCUUUGUGACAAGACGUGGUCUACAAAUGCAUGGGAAAAAUAGGCACAGUGAAGAUAGACCAUACAUGUGUGACAUAUGUGGACAAGGUUUCGUACUGAACUGCUACCUGAUCCGGCACAUGAAGACUCACACGGAGGAGGGACAACAUUGCUGUACCGUAUGUGGCAAAUGUUUCAAUCACAAGAAUAACCUGAAAAAUCAUAUGGGUACUCAUACAGGGCCAGCUUUUAAGUGUGAUUUGUGUGGAAAAUGCUUGACAACAAAAGGAAGUCUGAAACUCCAUCAGCAAAAUCACACUGGGGAGAAAUCCUAUCCGUGCAAAGAAUGUGAAAAAUCCUUCAGCAUUAAGGCAAGCCUGAUAUUGCAUAUGAGGACUCAUACAGGGGAGAAACCAUUUCGGUGCAAAGAAUGUGGCAAAUGCUUCAGUGACAAGGGAACCCUUACAAAGCAUAUGAUGACUCACACAGAGGAGAAACCACAUCGCUGCAACGAAUGUGGCAAAUGCUUCAGUCUGAAGGGAAGCCUGACUGCACAUAUGAAGGUUCAUACAGGGGAGGGAGUUCAAUGUCAUUUGUGUGGAACUCACUUGAAGUUAGCAUCAAGUCUGAAAAGACAUCUGCGAACUCACUGAAUAAAUAUUCACAAUGACUAAGAAAACGUAACAAAACCCAUGUGUAAAAUGUGUUAGAUGGAAGAGACUAUUAAGAGGACAUUCCCCUCAAGUAUGCUCUUGGUAAAAAGUACACUCCGCAAUCUUGGAAUCUGUUCAAUGGUCAUAUCAAUUCAUAUAACUUACUCAUUGAUUCUUGAAAACAUUUAUUUUGGGGAAACAUUUAUUUUUCUAGAUUUGUCUUUAUUUAAAUGUAUUUAGGUAUAUUUUCCCAUUCUAAAUAAACUAAUAUGGCAGCUUAA